AAAGUUUUUCGAACAUUUUUCGAAUAAGGAACAGUUAUAAAUUCUGACACUCGUUUAUUUGCACAUGUUCACAGUGAUUUAUGAAGCAAAUAACGUUACGUCAUUCAUGAAAAAUUCUUUUCAGUUGGAAAAAAAAGUGUAAACAAAAAACGUUUGGUUUUAAUCUUGAGUCUACUUACACACGGAGAAACAAGUGAAAAACUUAAGUUAAUUAGUAAAAUCGUUGAUAAUUAUUUCAUUUUUUUACAAUCAUCGAUAAAGCUUGUCACAAUUAAUGAGAACAUAAAACAUUUACUCAGUUGGUCGUUUGCUUUUGCGUCGCGAGGAAGUGAAAACUUGAGCGGAAAAGAAUUUUGAUAACAGAAAGAAAUUAAGCUAAAUUGAUAACAAUGGAGUCCGAUGAUCUUUUCGUUAACGUAAAUAAACACAUCGAUGCGGCAGACGAGCGUUUGGUUCAGCUAAGAGACUUUUUUUUCAAGGAAUUUUCCACGAAAGCUGAAUUUUUUGUGAAGGUUCCUGGACGUGUCAAUUUAAUUGGUGAACAUGUCGAUUAUUCUGGCUUUCCUGUUUGUCCAAUGGCACUUUCUCAGAAUAUUCUGCUGGCUGUCGCCACAUCACCAAAUAAUGACGACAUUAUUCAUUUGAAGAAUAUGCAGUCAAAAUACAAGAGCUUCAAGUGCAGCAUUGAUCAUAUCAAGAUCGAAUUGCCAAAGCCUGGAACGUAUCCUGGUUGGCACAACUAUUUCCUUUGUGGUGUCAAAGGAAUUCUCGAUUACAUUCAUAAAAUGGGUGAUUAUCCGAGAAAAGGAUUUUUAGUUGCUGUUAGUGGCAACAUUCCACCAGCUGCAGGAUUAUCAAGUUCUUCAGCUCUUGUGUGCUCUGCUGCACUUACCACAGCUUUUCUUUACGAUUUGCCGUUGAAUAAAACACUUUUGGCGACACUUUCUGCAUCGAGUGAACAUUACAUUGGAACUCAAGGUGGUGGAAUGGACCAAGCCAUUGCAUUCCUUGCGAAGAAAGGAUGUGCACAAUAUAUCGAGUUUAAUCCUGUUCGUGCUACGCCAAUUCAGUUACCACCCGAUGCGGUUUUCGUCAUUGCAAAUUCCUUAGCAGAAGCUAAUAAAGCUGCAACUUCUGAUUUCAACAAACGUGUUGUUGAAUGCAGAAUUGCUACAAAAUUGCUUGCAAAGUUCACUGAUCGACCAUGGCAAGAUAUUGAAAAACUUGGACAACUUCAAUCAGAAGUUCUUGAUGUUGAACUUGAAGAGUUUGAAGCGCUUAUUAAGAAACAUUUGACCAAAGAUGUUUACACAAAAGAUGAGUUGAUGUCGAUUUUUCAUAUUCAUGAGAAAGAGUUCGAAGAGAAAAUGUUGACACCAAAUACGAAAGACGAAAAGGAGUUCAAGUUGAAGCAACGAGCCUUGCACGUCAUUCAAGAAGCGAUUCGUGUUGAACAUUUCCGGCACGUCACAGAUAAUGCUGAUGAUGAUGACGAAGAAGAUGCGAUUGAUCAGAUGUCGGAAUUGAUGAAAAGAUCUCAUAAGAGUUUAAGAAAUCUUUAUGAGUGCAGUCAUGAGAAUUUGGAGGAAUUAAUUAAAAUUUCGAAAGAAUUUGGUGUCGGUGCAAGACUCACUGGAGCUGGUUGGGGUGGAUGUAUUGUGGCAUUAACUGAUUCGAUUACAACUUGUGAUCGAUACAUUGCAACACUCAAUGAAUGUUAUUAUGAUUUGAUGCCACAGGCGAAGCAUCUUGAAUUCGACCAGAUUUGUUUUGCUACGGAGCCUCAAAACGGUGCCGAAAUUUUUAUAGCCGAAUUUUCUUAAAUUUACUGCCAUUCUUAAUAAUUCUAGCUAAAUGUUAAGCUCCAGCUUUUUAUUUAUCUUUGAGUUUUUAAUUAUAAUUGCGGGUAAAAAUAUCUACGAGUUCAAUUUCAUAUUUUACACUGACCAAGAUUUGUGCAAUAGCUAAUAACUAUUUAGCUGCUUCCUACUUAGCUAUUUUAAUACUUGAAAGACUAUUCCAAACGCAACAUAGAAGUGAUUUUAACAAUUUUAAUUAUAAAUAGAGAAAUUUCCAUUCCUUGAUUUGAUUGUGUCAUAUUUAGAUGUUUCAAUGUUAUUGACCACUUUAGGGAACCAAAUAUGAAACUUAGUUGAGCACCUUCAAGCUUUUGCUUGAUAUUUCAAAUAUUGCAUUUAACUUCAAUUGAUGAGUUAGAAAUUAAGAAUUCAAUGUAGCUUUCAAAGAUGUAGACAAAAAGAAAACUGAAUAAAAAAAUCAGGAA